AUGACAGAGCCCGACGCUGCUAACAGACCAGUUCCGGAGGAAGAUGACAACUUAGCAGAGGACGCAGACCCAUGGAGAGAUUACCAGGCCCCGGGCGGGGAAGCCCCGGCCAAUCAACCCCCUCCAGGUUUCAAGAGUUCCUUCAACGACGACGAGACCAACGCCCGCCUGGACGACGGGAGCGAGAUGCUGACGACGAUGAUGAUGGAGGCCUUCCGCGACUACGAGAUCCGUGCUAAGCUUUGGCUGGCCACGACUAAGGUGAGACCCCAAGCCCGGGGACCCUUGCUCCUCAAGAAUCUGAGUUCCACACCUUUCGAUGACUUGAAGCACCUGGCAAGGGACAGCAGCUGGAUGCAAAGCUCUACCAAUGGUGAAGAGCUCCUGCAGCAGAUGUCGACUAAGGAACUGUACGGUGAGGACGAAAGAGAGGAGAUGAUCAACACCCUGGCCAAGGUGACCUACACGUUGCGCCGACAGCGCAACGAGGGACACAAGGCCUUCUUUGCAAGAUGGGAGCUCCAGAUCCGGAAGCUCAACGAGCACAAGGUGGUCCUCCCUGCCGAGUACCUGGGCUUCUUGUUGAUCAACGCCCUCCAGUUGAGUCAAAGCGACAUCAAGCUGCUUAUGAACUAUAACCAGGGCAAGUUGACCCCAAAGGUGGUGAAAGAAUGGACCAGAGUCAAUGAGGCCGACCUGGCUUGGAGGAGUUACGAAACCGCCAACUCCAAGAAGGCGAAUGCCGUGAUGCACCUUGAUGAAUUGAGAUCCUUCUGA